UUUUCAACAUAACAGUCAAUUUCGACUCUUUCUAUUGAUCUAGUAGCGUCCAACUCUCACUUAUAUCUCUUACGCACUUCCUAACGUCUACACUUUUUCGAGUGCAUCUUUAAACUAACAAUCGUUAGCAACUGUAUAAUACGACUUUUUUGACCACUGUAAAUCUAAUGGCAAAUUGAAAAUGAACAGCAGUUAAGGAAAGACUCAUCUUUUCCCGCCUCACCGACUGAUCAGCGUUUAGCGAAACUUAACAGUUAACGUUGCUCGUUUUUUUCUGCAUUCGAAUUUUCAAACGGUCGACCAGUUCUAUUCCAUCUUUGGUCACUCGAACCUCAAUGUGCAGUUUGCAGUCGUUCCCGCUAGAACGUUACGAAGCUAUUAUCUGCAGUUUUAUCAAAUUCAAAAGAAAUCCGAAUAAUAAUAAUUAAAGAUUCUUCAUCGCCUUUGAGAAUUUGUGACCGGGACAAUGGCGCCUCGAAAAACAAAACGUUCAAUUCAAAUUAACGAAGAUGAAACGGAGAGCCAAAGCAGUUUAUACACAAAAGUAUUGACAAAUAUGGGAUUAUUGGAGGAUAUAGCUGAUACCUGGGUGAAACAUUAUGAAACGAGUCAUGAAAGUGCCCUGUUAGAAUUUCUUCAAUUUAUGAACGAUGCUAGUGGAGGUAAGACUGACAUGAUGCCAGAGAUGCUGACGAUGGGAAUUAAGCAUUUGAUAAAAAAAAUGGAGGGCGAUUUUGAUCCAAACAGCAAAGGAUAUCCACUAAUAUCCUCAGGGAAGAUCUACAAAAAAUUUAAGGAAAAUUUAUCAAAAUUCUCACAAGAAUUGAUUGCACAAAGUGAAUAUUCUAUAAUAUGCGAUGAUUAUCUAAUGGAAAAUUUAAUAUGUGUGCUGAUUGAAAUGUCUGACUCGCCUGUCAGGGCAUUUCGGCAUACUGCCACACUUGUAGCUAUGAAUAUAAUGACUGCCCUUGCCGAUUUGAAACUAAUUCAAGACAUGCUGUUGUUCAUGUUUAAGAAAAUAUUUAUACUCAGAUUCAGAGAUAUUUCACCAGCAAUACGAAUAUUAUGUAUAGGAGAAAUAGGAAUAUGGAUGGAAAAAAUUCCUGAACAAUUUCUCAAAGAUGAAUAUCUUAAAUAUAUUGGAUGGACUUUAUAUGAUAGUAAUUCUGAAGUACGGUUGAAAUGUCUGCAAACGUUACAAAUUUUGUAUGCUUCUGAAGAAUUUAAAAAUUCCCUUGAUAAUUUUACUGGAAUAUUCAAAGAUCGUCUUGUGGCUAUGUGCUUAGAUAUUGAUAGUGAAGUCGCUAUUCAAGCCAUAAAACUUAUGAGUGUGAUGUAUAAUUCUACAGAUCUACAUAUUAUUUCUGCCAUUGAUUGUGAACAAAUAUACACAUCAAUUUUUUCACCUCAUAGAGGUAUUGCACAAGCAGCUGGUGCGUUUAUGGCCAAGCAUAUUUUCAAUUCAGGAGAAAAUUUUCAAGAAAUUACAAAAAGUGGAAAAGAAUGUUCACCUAACACCCCAUAUUUGCGAGAACUGAUAGACUUUUUAAUAGAAUCAGAGAUUCCUGAAAAUGUUGACUAUUUGGUUGAUUCUUUAAUUGAUAUACAUCCCAUGCUAGAAGACUGGGAAGCCAUGACUGAUUUAUUAUUGGAAGAACCAGUGGAAGACGAAAAACUAUUAACAUCUUUGCAAAAAACAUCUCUAAUAGCAAUUAUGCUUUCUAGUAUUGAGCAAUUAUCAACAGGACAAAUUCCAAUUGCACGUAAACAAGGAAAACAAAAAUUUUCUACUAAAGAAAUGAAAAGACUUCAAAAUAACAAGCUGAAUAUUACUAGACAUUUUGUUCAAAUUUUGCCUGGGCUUUUAGAAAGAUUUAAUUCAGAUACUACGAAUUUGGAAAAACUAUUAAACAUACCUCAGUAUUUUGAACUUGAAGUUUAUGUUGAUUCUACUCAAGAACAAAAUCUCAAAGAUUUACUAAGAUUUAUUCAUGAAAUAGUUGAUCGCUAUCACAACCCUAAUAUACUCUAUGCGGCAGCAAAAACAUUGGAUCAUUUAUGUGACACAGACUUGGAAGAGUUACAAUGCUGUAAGCAGGUUCUAGAUGUAAUAAUUAAAUUUAUUCCACCAAGUGAAGAUGAUAUAUUUAACAUCUGUAAGUCUCUAUCAAAAGUGGCAGUUUUUUCUUCCUAUUACGAUUUGAAUGAAUUUGAUAUUUGGGAUACAUGCUUUGAAAGUAUUAGUGAUUCAGAUCACCAACUUCCAAUUGCAGCUAUAGUAUCUUGUUUCGAAGCUUGCUAUUUUUCUCUCAUUUGGCUUCUUAACUAUCUUACAGAAAAUGCAGAUUUUGACAAUCAAAGUAAAGACAAAUAUCAGUUAUUGAAAGAGAGACUUCGCAAUUUUAUUUUAUGCAUGAUGUAUUAUUUGGACAAUAAAGAAGGAGAAAUUCCCAUGAUCAUGAGAGAAACAGCUUAUUGUAUGAUAUGUGAUUUACUAAUAAUAUUUGAUGAGCGUCUAUCGGAAGAAAAAAAUUGCUUAAUCCAUGAGCUGAUUUACAAACCAGAUAAAGACCUAUUAAAUUUACUUCUUCAGUUUAUUCAAGAUACAGUAUUUUACACCUCAGAGGAAAGUCCUCAACAGACUGAAGAGUUACGCAAGAAAUCUAAUAUUUUAGCUGGAUAUUGUAAACUUGUAAUGCACAAAAUAGCACCAAUUCAAUCAGCAGCAUAUAUAUUCAAAAAUUAUUUUGAUUUUAAUGAGCAAUUUGGCGAUAUAAUAAAGAAAACCAUAAGUUCUGCUCGACGUAUAAACAAAACAUCUUGUGCAUUAGCCAUACUAAAAAGUUUAAUGAUAUUGUACCGCGAAAAUGUGGUUGAAAAUCAAGAUGAAUCGUCACUAAAAAGUCUCAAAGAAAAAGCCAGAAAAUUCGCAUUGCUAUUUGGGCCCAACAUAAGUGACAAUAGCGCAGCUAUGCUAGAUUUUCACAGAGAAGGGAUACUCUUUGCUGUUACCUCUUUGGAUGAAAUCAAUGUCUAUUCUUCUGAAGUAACACUCAAUCUUCCAUUCUUUGAUAUUUUGCAUGAAUUUGUCGUAAAAGUACCGAAAACAACUAAAAAAUCAAUAUUACAAUUUCUGGACGCACACUUGAAAGUAGGAAAAGGAAAGGAAUUCAAGUCUAUGCAACGUUACAGAAAUAGUUUAUUAUAG